CACAGCGGACCGUUGCUGUGGAGGCCGAAUCAAACGAAUCACAAAGAAAUGGUAGAAUUUUGGGCGAUAGAAUCUCAUAGAAACACUGCAGAGCACAGCCCAGGGGUGCCUCCAAAGACAUUUUAGCUGCCGCCCUCCUCCCUCUUCCUGUCCUCUCCUUCCUUCCUUCCCAUCUUCAGACCAACAACCACCUUCCUCUCUUCUCUCUGCUUCAUACCUGUCCUGCCAGAUCUUUCCUGCUAGGCGUAGAUCGUAGACUACUCGAAUAUCCCCUUUUGAUACCCCAGAUUCGACUUCAGAUACCCUUUCAAGAUGGCCGAGACUUUCGAGUUCCAGGCUGAGAUCUCUCAGCUUCUCUCCCUCAUCAUCAACACAGUCUACUCCAACAAGGAGAUCUUCCUCAGAGAACUUGUCUCCAACGCCUCCGAUGCCCUCGACAAGAUCCGCUAUGAGUCUCUGUCCGACCCCAGCAAGUUGGACACUGGCAAGGAUCUCCGCAUCGACAUCAUCCCCGACAAGGAGAACAAGACUCUGACCAUCCAGGAUACCGGUAUCGGUAUGACCAAGGCUGACCUCGUCAACAACCUUGGCACCAUUGCCCGAUCCGGCACCAAGCAGUUCAUGGAGGCUCUCACCGCUGGCGCUGAUAUUUCCAUGAUCGGUCAGUUCGGUGUCGGUUUCUACUCUGCCUACCUCGUUGCCGACAGGGUCACCGUUGUCUCCAAGAACAAUGAUGACGAGCAGUACAUCUGGGAGUCCAGCGCUGGUGGCACUUUCAACAUCUCCCCCGACAACGGCCCCUCCAUUGGCCGCGGCACCAAGAUCAUCCUCCACCUCAAGGAUGAGCAGACUGAUUACCUCAAUGAGUCCAAGAUCAAGGAGGUGAUCAAGAAGCACUCUGAGUUCAUCUCUUACCCCAUUUACCUCCACGUUCAGAAGGAGACCGAGGUCGAGGUCCCUGAUGAGGAGGCCGAGACCGUCGAGGAGGGUGACGACAAGAAGCCCAAGAUCGAGGAGGUCGAGGACGAUGAGGAGGACAAGGAGAAGAAGCCCAAGACCAAGAAGGUCAAGGAGGUCAAGACUGAGGAGGAGGAGCUCAACAAGCAGAAGCCCAUCUGGACUCGCAACCCCCAGGACAUCACUCAGGAGGAGUAUGCCGCCUUCUACAAGUCUCUCUCCAACGACUGGGAGGACCACCUCGCCGUCAAGCACUUCUCUGUUGAGGGUCAGCUUGAGUUCAAGGCCAUCCUCUUUGUGCCCAAGCGCGCUCCUUUCGACCUCUUCGAGACCAAGAAGACCAAGAACAACAUCAAGCUCUACGUCCGCCGUGUUUUCAUCACUGACGAUGCCACUGACCUCAUUCCUGAGUGGCUCAGCUUCGUCAAGGGUGUCGUCGACUCUGAGGACCUUCCCCUCAACCUUUCUCGUGAGACUCUUCAGCAAAACAAGAUCAUGAAGGUUAUUCGUAAGAAUAUUGUCAAGAAGGCCCUCGAGCUCUUCACUGAGAUCGCCGAGGACAAGGAGCAGUUCGACAAGUUCUACACUGCCUUCUCCAAGAACAUCAAGCUCGGCAUCCACGAGGACUCCCAGAACCGCAACACCCUCGCCAAGCUCCUCCGCUUCAACUCCACCAAGUCUGGCGAUGAGCAGACCUCCCUCUCCGACUAUGUCACGCGCAUGCCCGAGCACCAGAAGAACAUGUACUACAUCACUGGCGAGUCCAUCAAGGCUGUCUCCAAGUCUCCCUUCCUUGACUCUCUCAAGGAGAAGGGCUUCGAGGUUCUCUUCCUUGUUGACCCCAUUGAUGAGUACGCCAUGACUCAGCUCAAGGAGUUCGAGGGCAAGAAGCUUGUCGACAUCACCAAGGACUUCGAGCUCGAGGAGACUGAGGAGGAGAAGAAGCAGCGUGAGGCUGAGGAGAAGGAGUACGACGGUCUCGCCAAGGCUCUCAAGAACGUUCUCGGCGACAAGGUCGAGAAGGUUGUUGUCUCCCACAAGUUGGUCGGCGCUCCUUGCGCCAUCCGCACUGGCCAGUUCGGCUGGUCUGCCAACAUGGAGCGUAUCAUGAAGGCCCAGGCUCUCCGUGACACCUCCAUGAGCAGCUACAUGUCCUCCAAGAAGACCUUCGAGAUCUCCCCCAAGAGCCCCAUCAUCAAGGAGCUCAAGCAGAAGGUUGAGGCCGACGGCGAGAACGACAAGACCGUCAAGUCCAUCGUUCAGCUCCUCUUCGAGACCUCCCUCUUGGUCUCCGGCUUCACCAUUGAGGAGCCCGCUGGCUUCGCUGAGCGCAUCCACAAGCUUGUCGCUCUCGGCCUGAACCUCGACGAGGAGCCCGAGGCUGCUGCCGAUGCUCCCGCCGCCGAUGCCGGUGUUGCCGCUGCUGAGACCAGCGACAACGCCAUGGAGGAGGUUGACUAAACGACUCGCAAUGACUGGGAAUGAAAAAGUGGCUUGGGAACGGAGUUGGACGGAUUCUAGCUAAUGACAAUACCUUUAUGUUUUUUUUUUCCUCUUUUUCAAAUUUGCAUCAGUUUUCCGAUCGAGCAAACUUCCACAUCGCCGUCGUCCUCAACGACGGCGCCCGUUUUUCUGUACUUUUAGUCAAGGACAUCGGGAUUGGUCAUGGUCUGAGGAGGAGCAUGUUACCAGGAUUAGACGGAAAUCAAGAGUUUCUGAUCAACUUUU